AUGGUGUACUUCAGAAGCAAUAAUUUUGGGAUAGAGGACUUCGAGAGAGAAAGCUUUGAUCCCGUCCAUGAGCAGGAAGACCCGAUUUCCAGCCUGUGCAGCGGCAAGGAUGGGGUUGUUGCAGGGUCUAAGGGCUGUGCACUGCUGAUCAGGAAGGGUGAAGGCAGGAGAAAGAAGAUAGCGAAGUUUGAUAGAGAUGUAAGUGCUGUGGAUGUAUGCGGGGAGUUGGCUGCAUGUGGGGACGAAAGCGGGCACAUCAAGGUGAUUGGGAAGAUGAAGAGUAUUGUCAGGCAGUACUACGAGCACGAGGCCAGGAUCAACGAGAUAAGAAUCGAUGGGACGAUGCUGGUGAGCUGCAGUGAUGAUAUGAAGAUAAAGAUAUUUGAUCUGUCGAAGGCAGAGUCUGUUGCCACCAUAUCCGACAGCACAGACUAUGUCCGGAGCAUCGACAUUGUGGAUGGGAUUGUGUUUUCGGGGUCGUAUGAUGGAUUCGUUAGGGGGCAUUGCCUGAAGACCCUUUCAAGGGUGGUCGAGUAUAAUGCCGGGUGCCGAAUAUCAAGGAUCUGCGCGCUGGGGAGCAGCCGCAUAGCCCUUGCAUCUGGAAACGAGGUCCGUGUGAUCGAUGUCUCGGGAGGCAUUGAGAUUGGGAGGUUUUUUCACAUCAAGGAGGUGACGUCGAUGGUGUUCUAUGGACACAGGCUCUAUACGGCAUCGUUAGAUGCAAACGUAAGGGUGUUCACAACGGAUCUUAAGAUGAUAUCGAGAGUUGGGGUCCGAGGAGGAAUCCUGGACAUCAGCAUCUUCGACGAUGUUGUGUAUCUUGGGCUGGAGGAUGGAGGAGUGCUGGAGCUGGUCAAGGAGAAGCCGAAGAAGAGUCCCAUGGUGCCUAAGGACAAGGGGGAUGGCCUGCACGACGAGGUGAGGGUUGAUAUUGUCCGAAAUCCGGUGGAAAGGCUUACCUACCUGGAGAAGAGGCUGAACAGGUUUGAGUACAAGAAGUCGAUGAUGCAUGCGAUGGAAAAAAGAGAUGUCCAGGAGAUGUUUGCAGCGAUGAGCUACAUCCAUGAAAAAAGGGGAUUCGUGCGUGCGCUCCAGGAUCUGAGCAGGAAGGAGCUGGCAGGUGUCCUUGAUGUGAUAGUCGAGUUCUUCACGGUUAAGGAGUUUGUGCCCAUUUUCUCUGAAUGCAUUGGAGUUAUUCUUUCUCUGUACGAAAGAGACAUAGAGGACGAUCCAAUGCUUGCCGGGAGGAUAGAGGCGCUUGCAUCAGUUGUUGACGACGAAGUGUACUUCCAAGAGCAGAAUCUCCGCUCCAUUGCGUUUCUCGAGUGCUUUGGAGGGUAG